AUGUUUGUGGAGGGCGUUCAUGUUCCUCGUGAAAUUCGCGAUGGUCAUCACCUGCUUCACAAUCAACAAACACGGAUUUCUCCCCUCCCUGGUGGAGGUGGAGGCAGUGAAUGGGAUGAUUCAAUGUGGUCCCUAAGUUGCACGGAAUCCGAAGAUCAAUCCUCGGAAACCAACAUCUCUAUAUCUGGGACUCCUCGAUCACUUCCCAAUGAAGCAUCUCCUUCUAUGGAAUCAAGGGUAGUGCUAAGGCGGCAACCGGGUCUUUCUCGUCGACACAUACAAAGGGCGAAAACUCUAGGAUGUUACCCACUCCCAACUUCUCCACUUAGUCCUUCAUCAUCACCAAAUUCAACGACGAAACGCCUCACAACCUACGGUGUUCCAGGAGCUAUGGGCUUAGAUUGCUAUGAGCUUCGACGUCGCAAUCGUAACGCUGAGCUUUCUAAGAAACGGAGUUUCCAUAUUCCGCGAAGAGACAGCGUGGAAGACUCCACAGUUAAAAUCGAAUCUAAUUCAAGUUCUCAGCGCAGGCACAGACAUGAGUCAGUUAGACGUAUUCAGAGCCUCAAUCGAUACAGUAACAGCCAUGCUGACAGAGAGGCCUGUCAAAUGAGUUGGGAGAAUCUGAAAACCAAACCACCCCGGCCCCCCACUACUUCACAUAGCUCAAACACUACUAGUCCUCCAAGAAUGAUAUCUUCUGAGUCAGAUGGAAGGACCCAGAGUCCACCACAUGACCCGUCACAAGCAGCAAUCCCCACGCAUAUGAACGUUGCAGCAGUUCAAAUAACUUCCCCAAGAAGAAGAAGAAUGAAAUCGCCUCCAAUUAAACAAAAUUCUACUCCAGAUACUUUGCCAUCAAGCAGUCACCUACCUCCUAAAAUUUCCCCACAAUUACCAGCCUCCCAUCUUUUUGAUGGACCAGUUCCAAUGCGUAUUCAAAAAACCCGAGCCCCUCUCAUUCAUCAAGACAAAGUAUCAAGUCCACAGGAAGUCCCGAUCCUACAAGUACCUGUGAUGCCAGUUGCAAUGACUGUCCAAACUUCCCCUCCUCCGGUUAGAUUCAUGGACGAACUCCCUGGUAGAAGUGCUCAAUGUCGACAAAAACUAACGCAAACUCGAAUCCCAGCUCCCCGACUCGACCAAGGGUCAACAAUCACUCUUUAUGAGCUCAUGCAAUUCAGCAACAUCUGCACUUCCUACAUCCCUCCUCUCUCUCUUAACGAUCCACUACGCCGAAAUUCCUGGGAGAUUGGUGAGCUGAUUCCUGGUCUAGGAAUCCGAGUCUCAGUUGUCAGCGUCACUUAUUCAUCCAACAGCAGACCUCCACAGAUGGUGAAUGAAAUCAGUGGACUUCGAGGGAUCUGUCACACUCCAGGAAGUGCCUUCACUCCUGUCACUAGUGGAUCAAUUCAGAACGCCCCUGCUGAACCUCUCCUUGUAGUUAUUGACGAAACUUCUGUUGCAGGAAGUAUAUACUUUCAACCAGGACAAAUUAUUCUUGAAGUGAAUGGCGUUAACUUCUUUUCUGUUCCGGCUUUAAGUAAACAGGGUGUGUUGACAAGGCUAAUUGCAACAGCUUUUAAUGCCUAUAACAACGGAGACGGUAGCCUAUUUAUAAGCCUUGCAACACCCUAUCCUCAUCUUGUCAGCAGGAUUUCAAGUGAAACUAUGGAAGUUCGAUUAAAUGAACAAUUUUUCUAA